AAAGCCUAUGGAUGGAUACACAGAACAGCACAACACAGCACUGGGACCUUAUCGCUAAUUUCUGACACCUCAUCACACUUCAAUGGCGACUCUACCUUCUUCAACACUUCAAUUCCCCAAUCUCCCCACAAAAUUCUCCACUUCCCACCAACCACGCCGCACACUCAAACUCCACGCGCCGCCUCGCGCUGCCGCCGAAGACGAUUCCUCCUCCACAUCCACUUCAUCUGAGCCGGAUCCGGAGGCGGACAACGGCGACACCUUCGAAAAUCGCCUCUCGCAGGUGCGUCGACGCUACAAGAGCGGAACGGGGAAAAAAGCCGAGGUUCGUAAGGCUCGAAAGGGGAAGAAAACAGGGGCGGUCGCCUCCGAAUCGAGCGUGUUUCUACCGCCCGUACCGUUAAAAGAGGCGGUUUCGGAAGGAUUGAACGUGGAGUUCGGAUUCAGUUCGUACUCGGAGCGAAUCAACGGCCGGAUUGCGAUUCUAGGGUUAUCCGCUCUGCUACUGGUGGAACUUGCGACAGGUCAGGGAGUCAUUAACUACCACACUCCGGCCAUCAUCUUCAUCCAGGUGUAUUUUGUGGCUGCGGUUUCUGCAAUGUACGUUAAAUAUGAGAAAGAGAAAAUUAGCGUGUGGCCACAGUCUGAGAAAUGAUUGCGUUGGCCUGCCUGAAGAUUGAAUCGAACAUCUUCAAAAUUGAUUUAAGGUGUGUUCUUAUACUGUGUUUGAUCACAAUGAAUUGCUUGAUUGAUCAACUGCCUGAGUUAAAGAUAUUGUGCAUAUGUGUUUCUUCGAUUUUCCAGUGAUUUAUUGUGUUGGUUUUGUUUAG